CACACGCGCUCUGGAGUAACAGGUGGAUUUGCCCUUUGCGUUUCUCAGCAGCCUCACAACUCUCCCGACCGCUGCCAUGGAGUCUGACACGAGCCGCGUGUCCAGCAGACCGUCCUCUCCGGAGGUGGACGACAUCUUCAUGUCCACGUUAAAGAAGUCUAUGCACGGUUUCUCCGGGACCGUGUCAUCCACGCAGAGCGACUCUCCGGAGGUGGGACUGCGCGGCCUUUCUGCUGCAGAGGAGGACGCAUUGGCUUUGCGCAUGUCCAAAAAGGACCGCAAACUUCUGUCGGAGAACGAGCUGCAAUCCAUCCGCCUCAAGAUCAACAGCCGCGAGCGCAAGAGGAUGCACGACCUGAACGUGGCCAUGGACGGGCUCCGCGAGGUCAUGCCGUACGCGCACGGGCCCUCGGUGCGUAAACUGUCCAAGAUCGCCACUCUGCUGCUGGCGCGGAACUACAUCCUGAUGCUCAGCAACUCUCUAGAGGAGAUGAAGCGCCUCGUGAGCGAGAUCUACGGCAGCAGUGGGCACCACGGCGCCUUCCACCCGUCCGCGUGCGGCACCAUGACGCACGCGGGCCCUGUGCCCACGCACCCUGCGUCCUCUCACCCUGCGGUGCAUCACCCGUUGCUGCCGCCCGUGUCCAGUGCGUCUCUGUCGGCCCCGCUCUCCGUGUCCUCGGUCAGACCUCCGCACGGACUUCUCAAAGCGCCGCCCGCGAGCAGUUUCCAGCACUGGGGCGUGAGCGGCAUGCCGUGCCCGUGCAGCAUGUGCCAGGUCCCGCCGCCGCACGUGCCCUCCAUGGGCAGCGUGAGCGUGCCACGGCUCGCGGACUCCAAGUGACUGCGCGCGCGCACUGACGGACUCUGCUCGAACCUUGGAUCGGGUUUAAUUUAAAACUUUUAAAACUGUUGACAGACUGUGCAGCUGGAGGCCCGCGCGCACACAUAGACCUGUAUAUAUUAGAAGAGUGUUAUAGAGAUAUUCUAUAUUAGAGUCACGCGCCCGCCUCACGCGCACCUUCUCCAUCACCGUCUGUCUCUGAUGGACUUUAUUGUAAAUACAUUUAAAGAUAUUUAUUUACUUA